UUCAGGGAAACUGAAACUGAUGGGCUGUUAUGUUCAUCUUUCUUUCUGUGAGUACAUACAGUGAAAUGGCAGAAGCCAACAUUUCAGUGAUUCAGGAUCAGUUCAUCUGUUCAAUCUGUCUGGAUUUACUGAAGGAUCCAGUGGCCAUUCCCUGUGGACACAGUUACUGUAUGAGCUGUAUUACAAACUGCUGGAAUCAAGAUGAUCAGAAGAGAAACUACAGCUGCCCUCAGUGCAGACAGACCUUCAAUACAAGACCUGAUUUAAAUAAAAACACCAUGCUGGCUGAAGUGGUGGAGAUGCUGAAGAACACAAAACUACAAGCUGCUUGUCCUGAUCACAGUUAUGCUGAAGCUGGAGAUGUGAAGUGUGACGUCUGUACUGAAAGAAAACACAAAGCUGUCAAGUCCUGUCUGGUGUGUCUGAACUCUUACUGUCAAACUCAUCUUGAACAACAUGAGAAUUUAUUCAAAGGCAAGAGACACAAAGUGAUAGACGCCACUGGACGACUUCAGCAGAUGAUCUGCCCUCAACAUGAUAAACUUUUAGAGAUUUACUGUAAAUCUGAUCAGCUCUGUAUAUGUUAUCUGUGUAUGGUGGAUGAACAUAAUGAACAUAAGACUGUAUCAGCUGCAGCAGAGAGGACUGAGAAACAGAAAGAACUGAAGGAGACGCAGAGAAAAUACCAUCAGAGAAUCCAGGAGAGUCAGAAGAAGCUUCAGGAGCUGAGAGAUGCUGUGGAGACUCAUAAGCGCUCUGCACAGACAGCAGUGGACGACACUGAGAGGAUCUUUACUCAACUGAUCCGAUCCAUUGAGAGAAGACGAUCUGAGGUGACACAGCUGAUCAGAGAUCAGGAAAAGACUGCAGUGAGUGAAGCUGAAGGACUCUUGAAGCGACUGGAGCAGGAGAUUGAUGAUCUGAGGAGGAGAGACGCUGAGCUGGAGCAGCUUUCACACACAGAUGAUCACAUCCAUUUCCUCCAGAGUUUCCAGUCUCUCUCUGUUCCUCCUGGAUCUUCAGACUCACUCAGCAUCACUGUCAGCUCUCUCAUCUCUUUUGAUGAUGUAGGAAAAGCUGUGUCUCAUCUGAGAGAGAAACUGGAGGAUUUCUGUAGAGAAGAGAUAGAGAAGAUAUUUGAUAAAAGUGAAGCACCUGAACCUGAACCCAGGGAGCAGUUCCUAAAAUAUUAUCAUCACUUCACUGCAGAUCCAAACACAGCAAAUGAAUAUCUCUGUCUGUCUGAGGGGAACAGAGUGAUUACUGGCACUUUCCCAGACACAGAGCCGUAUCCUGAUCAUCCAGACAGAUUUGAUGAUUAUCAGGUGUUGUGUAGUGAGAGUUUGAGUGGACGCUGUUACUGGGAGGUUGAGUGGAGUGGUAAUGAUGUGUUUAUCUCAGUGUCAUAUAAGAGCAUCAGCAGGAAGGGAGGUGAUGAGUGUUGGUUUGGAUUUAAUGAUCAGUCCUGGAGUUUGCGCUGCUCUGACUUCAGUUGUUCAUUCUGGCACAAUAACAUUGAGACUAAACUCCCUGUAGUGUUCAGAUCUUCUAGAAUAGGAGUUUAUGUGGAUCACAGUUCAGGAUCUCUGUCCUUCUACAGCGUCUCUGACACAAUGACCCUCAUCCACAGAGUCAACACCACAUUCACUAAACCUCUCUAUCCUGGGUUUAAUGUUGAUUAUGGAUCAGUGAAACUGUGUGAUCUAACAAUAUAGAUGAUACAGAGAGUCUACAAAUAAUUUUGUCAUAUUAGAAGUCUGAACAUGAUGAAUCAACAACAAAGAAAUAAUAAAUCUUUCAUUUACUAAUUAGUAAUUUUAAAUAACUGAUUGUAAUUUUAUAUUUAAUAAUUGUAUUUUGUCCUAUCAAACAGAGGUAGCUGUACAGUAGUUAUUCACAGUUAAUAUUAUUCAUCUACAGCCGUGUAUUUAGACCCAUAUAUAUCCAAAAUGUAUGGGUCUACAUUCAAAAAUAAUCUCAAUUCACUUAUUUUUAAGGCAAACAUUUAAUUUGACAUUAGUUUAAUUUUCUGAAUAUGGAUGAUAAGUUUAACUUCUAAACAGAACAAAAUACAUAAUUCAGCACUAAUAAAUCUGUGAUCAAUCCAAGUGAGAAAGUUUUUAUUGAUGAGUCUGUUGAGACUUGUGAAAACUUUAUUUAUUUAUUUAUUUUUGUAGAGAUCACUAAAAUCAGAUCUGAGGUUGGAAACUUUAAUUUGGGCCCUGUGGUUCCUGUAAUGUGCCCUGCUACUUUUUCCCAUUUUAGGGCCGUCAGACUGGGGGUAAAACCAGUACAGAUUACCAGGGCCCAAAGGAAGAAAGGGCCCUUGAGAGGUCUGGGGCCGUAUUCACAAAGAAUUUUAAGGCUAAAAGUAGCUCCUAACUGGCGAAUUUAGGAGCAACUCCUAAAAAUACUGGGCGUGUCACUCCUAAAUUUAGGACUCCUAAUUUUUUUCACUAAGAGUAAUUCACAAAGCAUUUUAGCCCUAAAAGUAGCACCUAAGUCUGGGACAGCUUAAAAGAAGUCGAGAGGACUCCUAACUCACUAAGACCUAUUCACAAAGGAUCUUAAAAUGUCUUAGGUGCUGAUCCUCCUUAACAUGGACAGUUUCACCAACUCAAAAGCAUUGCACAUACUUAAAAGCACACUUUAAUGUAAGCAUAUUGUUUAUAACAUUUGUUUCAUAAUUCAUUACAUUCAUGGCAAGCAGGAAGUUUUUUUUACAAUUACAUGAA